AUGGGCGUAGAAGAUCCCGCCACCGUCGACCCCACGACCCCGAAGAAGACGUGUCUGCGGUCCACGAAGGACGCCAUCGCCGGCCACUGGACCGUCCCGCCCAAACACCGCACGCCUGAACAGGACGCAGCCGAGGCGUGGCUCAUCACGUGCUACCUCGGCAAGAACCGCUACUUUUCGCUGCCGAUUCUGCCCUUUUCGCGAUGGUAUCUCUUCUUUGCCAGUUUCCUGGUGCAAUUCUGCAUCGGAUCGCUCUACUCAUGGUCGGUCUUCAAUAAACCCAUUGAUCUCCACGUAUACGACGACAACACAGCCGGUCGCGCUGUCAAUGCCUUCUACAUCGCCGUAGGAGUCUUCGGCACGACGACAGCGAUCAUGGGUCCGUGGAUCGAGCGUCACGGCCCACGCGCGGGCGUGAUGCUCGGCACGACGUCGUUUCUCAUUGGCAAUAUUAUUGUAGCCAUCGGCGUGCACUACAAGGCGAUCGCAGCCAUUUACAUCGGCUACGGCAUCUUCUGCGGCUUCGGCAUGGGUCUGUGCUACAUUUCACCCGUCUCGGCGUUGCAGAAGUGGUUCCCCGACUACCGUGGCACAGCUGCAGGCUUCGCUGUGGGUGGAUAUGGUGCUGGAUCGGUCGUGUGGGCUAAGGUUUAUCUGCCGUGCAUUGACGCAGUGGGUCUCUCGUCAACCUUCAUCCUCAUCGGCUGCGUCAUGGCCUUCGCCAUGUACGUGUGUGCUGUCAUUCUCCGCUCUCCACACCACGAAUUCGUGGUCAGUGGCCUUAAUAUCCACGGAGAGGCAGUGGAGGAGGCGGACGAACUCAUUCAUCGCGGCGAGAAGGUCAGCGUGUUAUCGUCGCAUGAGUAUGAGUCGAUUACGACUCCCACAGCACGUGACGUCCAGGAGAUCGUGGAGCCUACGACAGCUACCAAUACACUGGUGCGCAAACUCACCCUGAUCGACGCUAUUAAGACCCCCGACUUCUUGUGCAUGUACAUCAUGUUCUUCGCCAAUCAACUCUACGGACUCAUUGUGCUGUCCAAACUCUCGAGUAUGUGCACGGAUAUCUUCAACAAGAGCGCCGACCAAGCUUCAGAUAUCGUAUCAGUUAACGGCGUGUUUAACUGCUGCGGCCGCUUGAUGUUCCCGCUCAUGUCGGACAUCUUCGUGCGUAAGUUUAACAUCGAGCACGCCUUCGCCCGCAAGUGUCUGUACUUCUACGCACUGGCGUCGCAGGUGGUCAUCCUCGGUGUCAUUCCGACGAUCAUGGAGAACGAAAACUACACGGCAUUUGUGGCUGUUAUCUUCAUCUUGACGGCCAGUUAUGGUGGAGGCUUUGGAACCAUUCCGGCCUUCCUAACAGAUAUGUUCGGCGCGUUUAACAUUGGUGCCAUGCACGGGUUGAUCUUAACGGCGUGGUCAAUCGGUGGUGUUGUGGGUGGUAUCUCGUUUAACCACACGUAUGGAGACCAGAUCGCUGAUGGUUGGGAGAUCCACGAGGCCUACACGUACACAGUCCGCCGCAUCUUCGUCAUUCUUAUCAUCGGCUUCGUGGUGCUCUUCUUCGUGCGCACGAACGCAGCAGAUCGCUUUGAACCCGGUUACCACCUCAGUAUCUUCGGCCGACGUAUUGUCAAUAUCAAGGGCAAGCAGGAACCCAAGAAGGAAGAGCCACUACUUGACGCGGCGUAAGGUCGACGCGAAUGAAUGGGAUCAGAAAGCCUUGACAGAUUUAUUCUUUCGAGUGGAGAGUGUACAUGUAGUUAAUUUUCAUUCAGGAAUUCAUGACGACACUUGAACUUAUGACAAUGUUUACCUUAGACACGGUGAUACAAAGCAAUCUUUUGGCGGUAAAGUCGAUGCUAACACAUGACCCACAAGCUACA